GCAUUAUCCUGGGGCUGGAGCUGGACAGGCCUGGUGGGACCUCUGCAUCCUGCUACUGCUCCCUGGGUGGGGCUGGAAGGCCCGAGGGAGGCUCCUGGCACCUGGGGUGCAGGAAUCUCAGGCAUGUAGCCCUGAGCCCAUGUUGCCAGAGACUGGGUCCUCUCCGGGGCAGGGAGGCUGGGUGGGACCCCAAUUCCGAUAUGGGACUCUGGAGGCCUGGCUGGCAUCUGGGGGUCUGGCGGCAUCCCCCUCAGUCCGGCAGUGGGGCCUGGCACGGGCCUGCCCCGCCUACAGCCCUGCCCAGCUCCCUCAGGGUAGGCUGCGCAGGCGGGAGAGGGUGGGGUGUAUUUGCAUUUUCAGGUCUUUCCAGGCCUUGGCCAGCCUCACAGCCUGACUAACCAGCUCCUCCGGGCUUAGGCGCUAGGGGUGUGGCAGCAGGUAGCCAGAUCAGCCCCAGGCUGUGGAUGUGGAAGAAGGCUGAGGGGGCGGCCACCAUGGGGCUCGCACAGAGGCAGCUUAGCCCAUCGCUGCUCCUCCUCCUCGUGGGGGCGCUGGUCUGGCCCCCGCCCUGUCUGAGCCUGGGUGAGUGGGGAUCCUGGGAUGAAUUCACCUGGCUAGACCCAAGGGGCUGGGACACCCACUGGGGUGAUGGGAUCCUGGGAGCCCACCUGUCCAGUGGGGGGAGAGCAGGUCCCAGGCCCCUCAUGCCUAUCUCCUCAACUACAGAGCUGAUCCCCUACACGCCGCAGAUAACAGCCUGGGACCUGGAAGGGAAGGUCACAGCCACCACGUUCUCCCUGGAGCAGCCUCGCUGUGUCCUGGACGGGCUUGCUGGCAUUCCCAACACCAUCUGGCUGGUGGUGGCCUUCAGCAACGCCUCCAGGGACUUCCAGAACCCACAGACACUAGCUGAGAUCCCAGCCUUCCCACGGCUGCUGACUGAUGGCCACUAUAUGACGCUGCCUCUAUCCCUGGACCAGCUGCCCUGUGAGGACCCCAAGGACGGCAGCAGGGGCGUCCCCCUUCUGCGGGUGGGCAAUGACCCUGGCUGCCUUGCUGACCUCCACCAGCCGCCCUACUGCAACAGCCCCCUCCCCAGCCCUGGACCUUACCGGGUGAAGUUCCUCCUGAUGGACACCAGGGGCUCACCCCAGGCCGAGACCAGGUGGUCCGACCCCAUUGCUCUCCACCAAGGUAGUGCUGGGGGAGGGGGUGCUCUGACCCCAGUCGACCCCUGUGGACUAGUCACCCACCCCACCCCCCACCCCCGCCAAAUGGUCAUGCUCAGCCGGCCUCUCCUGCUGCUGCCAGGAGACUGGGGGCCUGGAGGCAGUGUCCAAGUCCAGCCCAUUCCCCAAACAGAACCUCGUGCUGGAGAGGUGGGGCACCGGGUCAGCCUCAUUGGCAGAGACACCAGCUCUGUCCAUGCUCAAAUGUUGGUCAGCCCUUGGGUGCCCAGGUCCCAGCCCAGUCGUGGGCAGAAACAGCCUUCCCCUUGAGCACCAGCCCUGGGCCAAGCGCUACCAGGUGGAGAAGGGCCAGGACAUGAGGGAGGCCGGGGUCAGAGUCAGGGCCACGGGUUCUGGGAGACCUCCUUCAGCAGGGCCCUACAGGGCCAGGGAUUCACCAGGCGAAGGAAACUGCUGUGGAAGGCCAGUGUCCACUGUGAGGGACACCUGGGAGGCAGGCUACAGAGGCCGGGGUGUUGGGGGGGGCGUCUUGUCGUCUGAAGGUCUUGAAUGCCAGGCUCCAGGAAGCAGGGCAGGAUGUGGUCAGUCCUGAGGUCUGCUGCAGCUCUGCCCGCCAUGGGCAGUGCAGUGGGCGGGCACACUGGAAGGAACAGCCUAGAAGGUGAGACUAAGUGGCUGGAGGGGUGAGUGGUCCAGGCUGGCAGGGCACAGAUGCACGGCUGAGAUGGACAGAUGGAUGGGCUCAGGAGGUCGUCAGGCCUUGAGUGUGAGCCUGGGUGGGGAAGUGACUGCCCUGGGGUCAGAGAGCAGCCUCUGAGCAGCUGCUGUGUGCAGGGAAAGCCCCAGCCUCCAUCGACACGUGGCCAGGGCGGCGCGGUGGUGACAUGGUCGUCAUCACCUCCAUCCUCUCGUCUCUGGCCAGCCUCCUGCUCCUGGCCUUCCUGGCAGCAUCCACCGUGCGCUUGUGAGUGA